AUGAUAGGAUCUCCAUUGGAGUGUGCUAUUUUUUGUUUAAUUUCUACAGCCGUAAUUUUUCGCCCAAAAUCAGAAAAUAAGAAAUGUACUUAUUGUCUUGAUGUUCGGCCAAUAGUUCCUGAAUGUCAAGAUAAUACAUAUGAAUGCCAAGAUAUUAAUCCUGAAGGUGUUAUAUAUUGUUUAAACAUUUUUGAAUACAGUACAAAAGUUCAAUCAGCAGUUAGGUGCCUUUCAAUUUGGGAUAUAGAUUUAAAAAAUAUCAGUAAUAUUGUCACAAAUAAAAAGGCUGUUGAAGUUAUGCGCCAAGUUCAAUCUCAAUAUUGCACACAAAAAUUAAUGAAGCAAUGUAAUUGUUCUUCUUGCACCAUUGAACUUCCUCUAACGACAAAUAAAAUUUUGGUUGAAAAUAAGAUUAAUGUAAGUAAAACGAAAAUAGAACAUAAUUUAUCUCAUCAAUUACCAACAAAUACAUAUAAUAAGAUGAAUGAAAGUAAAGAAAUAUUAAAAGAAGGGAAUUAUUUAACAACAUAUUUAAUAACAACAAUUCAUCCUCAAAUUAUAAAUGUAACACUUCAAUUUUUUUAUUGA